AUGGCGCGCAACUCAUCGUCUUCGAAAGACUAUGAGAUGAUCAAAGACUUUCACGGUUUAGGUCGCUCGGCCUCCAAGCGCGGUCACGAAGAAUCACCAAAGUCUCGCACGCCUACAUUGAUCCAUAUCCCAGCAAACGGAAGCACGUCUGCUGAGGCUUCAUCCUCUCAUUCUCGCGGUCGCGGCCUCAGACGGAUAUCUUCGCAUCGCACCACCAAGCUUCCAAGCCACCACACACACUUCUUGGAUACUCUGGACGCCGAUCAUCUCAGCGCACGUCUGCCACCAACCCCGCUCGGAACGCGUCGACGUGGCCGACCUCCAGCCUCAUCCAAAACGUCGGUUCGUCCGCCCGCGAUGAAUGCUGACAACGAUGUCUAUGUCGACACAGCACCGCCAUACAGUCGGGACAAAGGUAAAGCCAGAGCGCACGACGCUUCACCCCGCGCGACCCGCUCCAAGUCUCUGCGAAAGGCUUCGAAUCAGGAGCCGAUCAGUGUCGACAGUGAUGAUGAUGACGUUCAAGAGGUCAAUCGUCCAAAGCCUUUCGGCUUCGAGAUCCAGCGUCAAGUCGAUGCUACCAGCGGCGAUAGUCUAGCUUUGCAGGUCAAGGAGAGGCGACGUCGUGAGCAGACCACUGCAUCUACAUCAGCCGUGUCCUCGUCUACGGCUCCAGAUAAGUUCUACUCUCGUCCUAGUCAAGUCUCCCGCCAACGUUCCAACUACAGACGUUCCGAUGGUCCCAUUCAGCUGGAAGAGCCAAACGACGCUCAAAAGUUCGGUCCAAGCCAUGUCGUGGUUGUUGAUGGUAGUCCAGAAGCUGAUUCCAAGACUGUAACAUCGCAUCAACCUGAUCGCAACUCGACUGGCCAGUCUCGGCCCAAGCUCGUCGACCGCAUGAAAUCAAGAGUCACUACGUCGAACGCAUCAGGAGUUGCUCGAGGAAUCUCUUCGUCAGUCGCAGCCUCCAAACUCUUACCACCGCCCGUUCCCCCACCGCAACCUGGUGCGAGCCGCGAGCCGAGCUCCAAGGAACAACAGGCUGCCUUAUCUCGUACCGUCAAGCGCAUGCGAACCGAAGUCGGGCCAUCAUCGCCUCCGCAGAAGCACUUGCUUCACGAACCUUCCAAGUUUCCCUUCGAGGUGCGUCUGAAGGCCAUCGUCAUUUCAGAUGUGUGGAGGUCGCGGGAUCGCGACCACGCUGCCAUCUUUGUUCAACCACAUGCGCUCCACUGCGGUGUCACCGUGAAUUGCUGCAUUAAGAUUCAAUACAGCGACAUUCGGGAAGUGCUGGCCAACAAGCUCGAUGUUCAGGACUGCGGAAUUUUGUGCCUCACCCUCACGCCUGGUUCCGAGAGUGCCAGAAAGUUGCAAGAGACGUUCCACGAUUUCGACUCUCGCGCUUCUGGUGACGCCGCUCAGAUUCAGUUGAUCGCGAGCGACUCGUCAACAGACGAUCUCGCCUCAUACGCUCGCGCAUUGUCUUGGGUCACCAAGAAAAUCCACAACAUAUCGUCCAGUCAGGUUAUGAUGCGCUGGCUUCCCGAAGCUGGAGUCAAGAGUAGGAUCAGCUUGUUCGAAGGUGUAAAGCAGUCCCCAUGGCCCGGCGCUACCACUGAGCCCAGACAGCAAGCACAGACACACAUCAGGCGAACAUUGAUUGUUCCAGGCGCCGACCGCUUGCCCAAUCACGCCACACAAGAUCUCGUUCGUACCAGCGACACAUACAGUCCUCCGGUGCCAAAGAAGAAGACGUUUGAUCUUCAGCCUCCGUCUCCAGCAACUCCGAUCAUUUUGGCCACAGACAUCCCCGCGCGCGGUGCCCCUGCCUCCUCGGCAUCGCCGACGCUUCUCCCCUUGUCGAUUCCGACAGCCAGACCCGCUCCGGUCAGAGAGGUGGAGAUCCCUAGGCCACUCAUUUCGGAUGAGGGUGGGACAAUUUUGCACUACCCAUACGAAGGUAAAGGCGCCAUGUCACUGCGAUACUCCGACUUUGAGAAGCUCCUUGACGGUGGUCUGCUGAACGACGUUGUUAUUGAAUUCGGUCUCAAGUUCAUCCUGGAAGAGAUUCGUGCUAGAGAUCCAGCGCUAGCGGACAGCAUUUACGUCUUCAAUACGUUUUUCUUUCCGAUUCUAAUGUCGGACUCCGUCGAGAAUAGCUAUUCCAAGCUUCGGAGAUGGACAGCUAAGGAAGACCUCUUCUCAAAGAAAUACAUUGUGAUCCCAGUCAACGAGAACUAUCACUGGUACCUGGCUCUUAUCGUCAAUCCAGCCUUCAUCCUGACGGAACAGGUAAAGGAUAGUACCAGCGAGCAGGACAAGGAUGAAGUCGCUGCAACGCUCACGCUUCCACCUGCCAUCUAUGCGCGACAGUCAUCAGCUCUCAACGAAGCUUCAGAGGAGGAAUGUAAGGCUGCCGAGCACAUGCAGCGCCACGAGGCCCAGACAGCGUCCAGUUCCGAGCCCAAUACGCCCCCUCUGCCUACGUCCCAACUCUCAUCACUGUCGGCCGGAGAUGACUCCGCUACCCUGCCGUUUCCCAUGGAUCUGGACAUCGAGCCGCUUGCCGGCACGCCGACCAAACCCAAAGCAGACCCGUUAAGCCUUGACCAGGCAUUCAUCAUCACCCUCGACAGUCUCGGGCAAAGACACGUCAAGUUGGGCAGCAAACUUUUCGAGUAUCUCUGGCGUGAAGCCUGGGACAAGAAGAAGCCUUUGGCCUCGUUACCUUCGCAGCAGUCAUUGCACGGAACAACGAAGCAGCUAAAGACGGAAGAGGAUUUGAAGCUAUCACCCGGCCCGAACGAGGUUACAGAAAUGAACUCGGCCGAGAGCACCUAUGAAAUUUCGAGGGUCGAAGCAAAAGACCCGUUCCAGGACUCGGAACAGCCGAAAGACGCAGAAGCCACCGACGAAGUCGGCGGUGUGCGCGCUGUGCCCGUACAAGACAAACGACGAGCCGUGGCAGGAGACUCAUCCUUGGAUUCAUUGGAAGCGGAAGCUUGGUCCAAAAGUCUUCCCAAAGCCGUCUACAUCCACGCCCACGUCCCGGAGCAGCCGAACUUUUGCGAUUGUGGCAUCUAUUUGCUGCACUACUUUGACCGCUUCUUCCGCCAGCCAGAUAAGCUACUCAAGAUCAUGGUGGAUGCCAAGAGCCAGAUCAGCGACCUUUACAAGACCAGCCCUGGAUUGCGCCUGCAGGUGAAGCAAGAGAUCGAAAAUAGGGCCAAAGCGGAAUGGCAGGCAGGCGAGGUCAGCUCGAAGCGAGCCUACUGGCGUUCCAAACUAGUGGAACUCUCGGAAGGAUGGGCUGCACAUAUGAAGGCCAAACGGGAGGCUGCGGGGGAGAGUGGAGAAGCGGAGCCGUCAGCAGUCAACGACGAGAGCGUGGCGAUGACUGGCUUUUCUCUGCAGGAGCGAUCGCAAUCAGCACAGCAGCAGGAUGUAGAUGCGCUCAUAUUGGAUGCUGGGCGAGCUGAAAAUGCUGAUGGGAAGCCCGAGGCGGAAGAAGACAAGCAAGGUGAGACGAUUCGACAUGGUCUUGUCAUCACAGACUCUGCGCAAGAUGACAUUGAGCGUUCCGUCAACGACUAUGCUUUCGGCAGAGAUCUCAGCGGAAAGCUGUACGUCGACAAUGUCAUGGCACAGGCGCUGUCCAGGCAGCACGGUCCACUGACUCUUGAACAUCUUAAAGAGCUGCAAAGGGAGGAUCGGCAGGAAGCGGCUUCGCAAAAAUCUGCACCCGAAUGGCUCAACAAGCUGAAGGACAUGGGUGCGCAUGACUUGCCGCGUUCGACAAUAGGCGAUGACGUUGGCGAUGUCAUUUCCAUGGACAUGAAUGCCGUCGUGCCUGCGCGCGAGCACGAAGAUUCAGGUCGUUCAUCGCCGACUGUAUCAGUUGUGUCUACCUUAUCGCAUCGCCCAGAGCAGCGGCAUGAGCAAGAACAAGCAGAGCAGCAGCAACCUCACG